AUGUCUUUCGAGCUGGCGACCUUUCCUUUUGAGGCAACGGAGAUGAUCGGUGUACCAGGGGGCCGAAUCCACAUCGCUCUGAGCCAGGUCACACCGCUGUCUAACUGUGAGCGGGAUUUCCUGCUCAAAGCCAUCGAGGAGAAAAAGCGCCUGGAUGGACGACAGACCUACGACUACAGAAAGAUGAAGAUCACGUUUGGGACUGACUAUGGGUGCUGCUUUGUGGAUCUCGGAAAAACCAGGGUCAUGGCACAGGUGUCAGGUGAGCUGGUGGCUCCUAAAGAGAAUCGACCAAACGAGGGAAUCAUGUUCUUCAACAUCGAGCUGUCACCCAUGGCCUCACCAGCAUUUGAACAAGGCAGACAGUCAGAGUUGUCAGUGAAGCUGAACAGACAGCUGGAGAGAUGCUUGAGGAACUCCAAGUGCAUUGAUACUGAGUCCCUGUGUGUGGUGUCUGGAGAAAAGGUGUGGCAGAUCAGAGUGGACGUUCACAUGUUGAAUCACGACGGGAACCUGAUGGACGCGGCCAGCAUCGCUGCCAUCACCGCUCUGUGCCACUUCAAGCGUCCUGACGUCGGCAUCCAGGGAGAUGAAGUCACUGUGUACAGUCCAGAAGAGAGGGACUCCAUUCCUCUGAGUAUCUACCACAUGCCCAUCAGCGUCAGCUUCUCCUUCUUCCAACAAGGAACCUACCUGCUGGUGGACCCCUGUGAACGGGAGGAGCGGGUGAUGGACGGCCUGCUGAUGAUCGCCAUGAACAAACACAGAGAAAUCUGCUCCAUCCAGUCUAGCGGGGGCAUCAUGCUGCUUAAAGAGCAGGUUAUGAGAUGCAGUAAAAUAGCCAGCGUAAAUGUGUCUGAAAUCACAGAACUCAUCAGCAAAGCCCUGGAGAACGGCAAGAGAGCAAGAAAAGCAGGCGGGAGGUGUGGUUUUGCGGAGUCAAUGCCACAGGAGCGAAUCACAGCUCUUAAAACGGACGAGACCUCGGUGGAGAUGACUGAUGCGUCAGAAAGAGCCAAUGACAUCGUCGAGAAUACCGAGUCCCGCCUCAAAACGGUGCCUUCCCCAGUGGUGCCUGCGCCAGGGGUGGGGCAGGUGGGGCAGGGCCUGCAGAACACCUGGGGACUGGAAGAGGAGGAGGAUGGUGAUGAAGAGGAGGAAGAACAAAAAAUGGAAGAGGAACAGGAUGAAAAGGAAGACAGUAGAGAAGGAGAUGUGGUUGAGAUAUCUGACAGUGAAGAGGAGGAAGUGGUCAUACUUCAUCCAGAAACACAGGACAAAUCUUCUAAAAAUGCAGCAUCCAGUUCCAACCAGAAGGGGGCAGAAACGUCAAAACAAAGACAGAAAAAAUGAAAGCAAGAACUCCUUGAACUGUAUAUAAGGCUCAGACACUGCACCAUGCCUUCAUAAGGAAGGCCGAGGUCCUGGAUAAGUAAUUAUAAU